GAAUUUCAAUUUCUGACCGCAAACAACAAUCGCCAUUUUUAGUCUAUGUCGAUGGAAUACUUUUAUGUAGAUACAAUGGAUGAUCUCACGUAUUAAUGCGUUUUUAAUGAAUUUCUAUACAGAUUAUGAAAGUCAAAUAUUAAUAUAAAUAGAUAGAUAAUAUAAAAGAUGAGUACCAAAUCUACUUUGUUAUUGAUAAAAUAUCCAGUCAAAACAAUUCGUCCUUUUUGUACAAAAGCAUCAAAAUCUAAAGCACAAAAUAAAAUAAAUUUUGAUCAAAUUGGAAAUCCAGAUCCUAUUUCGCACUUAAGACCAAUCCUUUUUAAAAAACCUCACAAUGAAUCUACAUUGGAAAGAGAAUACAGAGAAGCUAGAGAAAAUACUCAGCUAUGGAAUCAAACAUUUUGGACUAAACACAACAAGAGUUUCAUACAAGAACGCAGUAAAUUUCAAGAAACAUUGAAGGCACAAGGUAAAACAUCAUUGACAGCAGAUGACAUGUCUGUUUUUUAUAAAUACUUCCUCGACAAAAAUUGGAGACUACACUUUGACUAUAAUGUAUCAUGGUAUAGAAAAAAUAUUUAUCUUUUACUUCUCGAAUUGAAGGUUAAAAUAUCUAAAUUGAUAUUUAGAUGAUUCAUAUAGAAUUUAAAUUUUAGAUAAUUUAUGUGUGUAGAAUAUUUGUGAAAAGUGAUAUUAAGAGAAUUUAGUUAUAAUAAAUAAAGUUAAUAGUUAAAAGCAAUGAUACACGAAUGUACUUUAAGGAUUGAAUACAUUAAUUUACUUUUUUA